AUGGGCUAUCAAAGUAAACAACCGUUUUACCCACCACAACCGCAAUAUCCUCCUCAGCAGUACCGGCAGCAAUACCCGCAGCAGUACUCUAUGCCGCAAGGAAACUUUCAGCCGCAACACUUCCAGAAUGCGCAGCAGAUGCCACCGUCGAAACCGUCGCUGGAGGAGACUUUGCAGUCUUUCGUGGAGGUCAGCAAGCAGAACAUGGAGGUGACCAAGCAGAAUAUGGAAUCUCAGUCCGCAACCAUAAAAAGACUUGAGACCACCGUGGGGCAACUGUCGGGCACUUUGAACCUGUUGCAGCAGCAGCAGCAGCUCGAAAAACUUUAUGGCCAGCCCUUGCAGACUCACCAAGCUCAAGCUAUCAUUGUUCUCCGCAGUGGUAAGAUGGUGGAUAAUAAAGUGAAUGUACCAGAGCAGACUACGGUACCAGAGCAGACAUGGAUGCUAGAGCUGAUAAAGGCACCAGAGAAGACGAUACCAGAGCAGAUGUGGAUGCCAGAGACUAGGGUGCCAGAGCAGAUGAAGGUACCAGAGCAGACCAGAGUACCAGAGCAGACAUGGACACCAGAGCAGACCAGGGUACUAGAGCAGAUGAAGGUACCAGAGCAGACCAGGGUACCAGAGUAG